AUGUUGGGUUCUGCUUCUGUACCAGAUAGAACUAUUCAUAUGAGUGUGAUUGUUGAGGGACUUGUUCUUCUCUCUAAGAAGAAAGUUCACUUAUGCAGAAGUUUUAGUAGAGAUGAUGUACAGAAAGCUUUGUGGAGCAUUGAUGAGGACAAGGCUCCAGGGCCUGAUGGUUUUUCUAGUAAAUUCUUCAAAGCAGCCUGGAAUUUUGUAGGAAAUGAUGUGACUGAUGCUGUGUUGGAUUUUUUUACAACAGGGAAAUUACUAAAACAGAUGUUAUGUGAGAGGUUGAAGGAGGUUCUGCCUGGGAUUAUUGAUGGGGUACAGGGACCUUUUAUUAAAGGGAGGUCCAUUCUUGAUAAUAUUCUGAUUUUUAUUGAGGACAUGCUUGUGGGGCUUGGUUUUCCUGAUAGAUUUGUACAAUGGAUCAUGUGCUGUGUUAGCACACCAGCUUUCUCUAUUAUGUUGAAUGUUGGAAUACAUGGUUUCUUUCAAGGGAAAAGGGGAAUUAGACAAGGUGACCCUGUUUCCCCAUUAUUAUUUGUGAUUGUGAUGGAAUAUCUCACCAGAUUGCUGAAGAAGAUUGGUAAAAUGAGAGGUUUCAGGUUUCAUUCCAGAUGUAAGAGUAUUGGGCUGAAUCAUUUAGUCUUUGCUGAUGAUUUGAUGUUGUUCUGCUAUGGGGAUCAUAAAUCAGUUGAAUUGUUGAUUAGAGGCCUCAAAACUUUUGAGAAAUGUUCAGGUCUGAUGGCUAAUACAGACAAAUCAGCUAUUUACUUUGGUAAUGUCCCUGCUCCUGUUCAGACUCAAAUCACCAGGACCUCUGGUUUCUCUGUAGGCAAGUUUCCUUUCAGGUACCUGGGUAUUCCUCUUAAUGCAAGAUACUUAAAAAUUGCAGAUUUUGAUAGCCUAAUUGACAAGAUGCUUGCUAAAAUCUCAUGCUGGUCAAGUAGACAUCUCUCAUAUUCUGCAAGAACAUUACUUGUUAACUCUAUGCUACUAAGUUUGCACACUUACUGGGCUCAGUGUUUGCUUCUCCCUUCUGGUGUUAUGCAUAGAAUAGUUCAAUUAUGUAGAGCUUUUUUGUGGAGUGGUGAUGCAGAUUGGCGGAGUUAUUCUCCAAAGAAAUCAGGUGGUUGGGCCUGGAAGAAACUAUGUGUUGUGAAGGAGGAAUUGAAGUUUGGCUUUGAAGAAAAGGGGUGGCUUGAUAGCAGCUAUAGAAUUUCAGCAGCUUAUGUUUGGCUGCAGGGAAGUAUGACUGAAGUUGGCUGGCAUAAGUGGAUUUGGAAUUCUUAUAAUGUUCCAAAGCAUACUUUUAUUUCUUGGCUAGCUGUUUUGAACAGGUUGAGGAAUAGAAGUAUCUUAGCAUAUAUAGGGGUCUGUGAUGACCCAAUCUGUUUGCUGUGUGGUCAGGAAGAAGAAACCAGAGAUCACCUGUUUUUCAAGUUCCCCUACAGCAGGAAAUGUCUGUCUAUGAUUAGCUCGUGGCUUGGAAUUCAAGAACAGCUAUUCUCCAUUGAUGAUACUUGGAUCAGUUUGAGGGAACAGGUUGAAGACUCUAUAAAAAAGAGAUGUGUUCUGGCUGUUCUAGUUGCUGUAGUAUAUCAUAUCUGGAUGGCUAGGAACAUUGCAUACUAG